AUGGUGCAUCUGAUCGAACGCGAAGGAUACACGUCGCUGGUGGCGGACGUAUUCACCAAGGAAUCGACCAUACCGGAGACCGUCAACGAAGUGUUCAGGGCGUUCAUAACGAUGAUCGAGUUAAAGCACAGCACAAUGGAAGAAAUCAUUACAUAUUUGAUGCCUGACGAUUUUCAAACCAGCACGUGGGACUUUGAGCAUGCGUCUCAAAUCACUACGGAUGAUACGAUCACCGAGACGGUCGACAUCAGCGAAGCGGCCAACAUAUUAGUCCACGAAACAGAUCAAGAACAGAAAAAUACGGACGAUAACAAAGUGAUGAUUACUGAAAUUAUUGACAACGUCGAGAUAAUCGAUGAUACGAUUGACAAAGGUGUGAAAAUGAAAAAAAAUGAAAAAGAUUUAUACAAACGCCGAAGUAUAGAAGAAGAAGAUAUCAUAACAGAAAAAAAGAAAACUGUUAUAAGAAAAAUUAAAGAAAAACGUCCAAGUAUAGGAGAAGAAACCAUUCCUUAUGAAACGACAUAUGAAUUUAACGUAGAAAAAUAUCCAGCUAUAGUUCCGACAAUUUUGAAAACUCCUAAGACUAUAAAUGAAGCAAAUGCACAGCAAGAAGUUGUUGAGUUAUCUACAGAUAAUAAGUAUACGUGUGAUAAAGCUCAAAUAAACAUAAUAUCUCGAAUUUUGGAAGUUAGCGAAGGCUUUACAACAGACUAUCCGGAUACUCAAUCGCCGCUGGAAGACAUUGCUAAAUCUUUCGAUAUUGUUCCAAGUGUUGCAAAAAAAGAUAUUAUACCACAGGAAAGUAUAACUAUUAGUGAAAUUUAUCCAGAUCAAACGUUAGAUGAAAGAAUUGAGCACAUACAACAAAAUAAGGAAGCGAAGGUUACUGUAAUUUCACAUUCUCAAAAAGUAGUUACAGAAUUAAUAGCAUCUGUGAAAGAAGGAGACAUUAAACAUGAGUUAAUACCACAAAAGAAAAAAGCUACUCAAGAUUUUGUCGAGCAUGAAAGUGUUAAUGUUGUGGAAGUAAAUGAAGCAUAUACUGAAGGUCAGUUGGAAAAUGAUAUUAAACCAACACCAGUAAAAUCGUCCAUCGACUAUUCCCUAAAUGAACAGUUAAUUGUUAGUGAAUUACAUUCAGAAAUUCAACCUGAAAAGUACUAUCCUGAAAUAAUAGUGCCCACUGAAGUGGCUGAAAAAUUAAUAGUACCAUCAAAUAGUGCUAUAAUGACAUAUGAAGUAGAAACGUCAGAAAAAGAAGCAAAAUAUAAUCCAUCACAAUUACCUUUAGGAUUUAAAGUAGAUAUUUCAAUGAUUCCAGAAAAAUGUAUUCAAGUAAGUGAAGAAAACAUUCAGGAUAAGGAAGCCAAAUUGCUAGAAGAUAGAAAACCAGAAAAAACUUUUGCAGUUUCCGAAAUAAUCGAACAGUCGGGAUUAAUCGUAAAUUCUGUUAAUCAACAUGAGAGUGAAGAAACGUUCAUUUCCCAUUUACCCGAAUCUCAAACCGCAAUUUUAAAGUUAAAUACUGCAAAUAAAGUGUGUACUUCAUCAAUUAUAGAAAUGAACGAAGCAGAAUCUAAUUUGAAUAUUCCAGUAAUUCCAGAAAUGAAACAAAUAAAAAGCUCUGUCUUAGGUCUGGAAGUACCAGAUGUGACUGAAGUUAUAGCAAACGAAACAGAAUCCUCUUUUACAUUAGAAUCAACACCAGAAAUAUUACCUGAUACAAGUUUUACUGAAAGUUACUCAUAUAUAGUAACUGAAACACGAACAGGAGAUCAUUCUAACGAUUUCGAUACUACUCUUAAAUAUGACGUACGCAAGGCUACAUCGAAUUUCGAAGAAAUGGAAGCUAAACAAAUAUCUCAAGCAAACGUACAAGAGAGCAAUGUCCCGUUCUAUGAAUCUUCAAAACCUACAUCGAUAUUGCCAGAAACAAGUUUUGCUCCUAUUCAGAGUAUAACUGUAGAACAGACGGUUGUCGCUGAACAAGAACAAGCAUUAAUUUUAAAAGCUAAUCCGGAAUUUCAUAAAUCGAAAUUUGUUCCAACACAUACUCUACAAGCUGUAACGAUAGAACAAAUCACUCCUGAAAAUCGUGUUGAUAAUAUUAGUGAUACGUUUAAAGAUUGUCAGCCAACAAAAAAAAUAGCAAACGUCAAUUUUGUUGAUGACCAGAGUAUAAUUGUCAAAGAAAUUUCGACUUUUGAGUCAGAAUGUGAUCUAAUGAUUGAUGAUAAACCAAAAAAUGUUCACGCAAAACCAAAAUAUUCUGGUCAUGAUGUAGCUGAAACAACAGAAGUUACUUCAAGUGACACCGUUGAACAAUUAAAUGUAGAGAGAAUUGUAAACGAUAAAGCAAAAAUUGAGCAUGUGCCGUACGAAACUGCUGUGUCAGAAGUGACAUCUGUAAAUGAAUUCGAAGACGUUUUAUUAGAUAAUGAAAAUAAACAAUUAAAAACUGUAAAUAUAGUAAUUGAUGAGGUAAUUGGUGUAAAUAUUAUAGAACAACCAAUUUAUGAAAAAGAAACAGAGGCAAUUGAAAAAGCUGCUCCUAAAACUAAAAAUGCAACAACUGAGUUUGUUCCAUUUGAGAUUGCCGAUCACUCAGAAGUUAUAACUGGGGAUUAUACUUCAGAUUUAUUACAGCCAGAAGUAACCAAAGUUUAUGCUCAUCUUAAACCCAGUACACAUGAAAGUGUAAUUUUAUAUGAAACUGAUAUAUCCGAAAAAGAAAAAGAAUUUUCUGGAAACAAAAUACCAUUAACCUUUUCAGCAAAUACAUCUAUGGUGAUGGAAGAAGCAAUAGAAGUUACGGAAAUAUUGUCUAACGAUAGACCUGAAUCCAUUUCAGUUUCCAUAACACCCAAAGAAGAAACCGCACAAGCUAAUGUAAUACCAUUUAAAUCUAUCGAGAGACAUGACAUUAUACCUUCUGAAAACGUUGAAAACGUCAAAGACCAAAGUAAAAUUAUAGCAUUAGCACAUGUAUCACAAAAUCCAUUACAUGGUUUGGAAACCAGUUUAAUUGUAUCAGCAGAAUCAGAAAAUUUACUAACAGAUUUUGUGUUACCUGAUUCAAAAAAAGCAGAAACUAAAUAUGUAGAGUUAGAUGUACCAAUUAGUGUUGUGGAAAUUUUAACACAAGAUAAAGAGACAGAAUUUAAACCUGAAGAAUUACUAACACGCAAAUUGGAUAAACAAGAAAUCGUAUUUGAUGAAGGUCAUAUAACAUCAGAAACUGUAGUUUGUAGCACUACUACUGAUUUUAACCAACUAAUUCCACAAUCUGUUUAUGCGCUGACGUCUGAAAACCCUCAAAUCGCUAUUGAAUCACAAGAGACUGCCCCUCUAGAAAAAGAAGGAAUAUUUUUAAAUGAUGAUAUAACUCAAAAAAGAUGUGCUAAAAUGUUGUAUGAAGAAGUAAAGGGUAUUCAAAUAUCUGAACAAGUACAAUUAGAAACCAAAGAGGAAAUAAUUAUGAAAAGUAAACCUAUUGAAAGAAAAGGCAAUGUAACGAUUACAGCACAAGAUAUUGCAGAAACAUCAGAAACUAAAGUAGAAAGUCCCAUCGAAGAACUGAAAAUAGAAUUUCCAAAAGAACAAUUAGCUAAUAUGGUUCAGGAUAAAGAAGUUCGAAGCUUUGAAGUAUCAGAAAUUAUUCCACAAGAAACAGAAUCUACUUUAGUUGAUAAUCAACAAUAUGACUCAAAAAUAAUAAAUGUUUCGAUUGAAGAUAAUAUUAGAAGUUGUGUAAUUACAGAAAUAUUGCCCAAAGAAAAGGAAGGCCAGUUUUCUGAACAACUAAAACCAAUUCAACAUCAUGCUGAAGAAGAAAUUUUAAGUUACGAAGGAUUACUGGUUAAUGAAACUAAUGCUUCUAUUUGCGAAGAAAAGUUAAACAAUUUUGAAUACUCAACAAAAGUCGGUAAUCAAGUUGUUGAACCCCUGGAAAGUAUUCAAAUAUCUGAAGUAAAUGUUCAAGAACUUGAAGAUAGUUUAAAAGAAUCUAUGCAACCACAAAUAAAACAUGCCACUCCAAGCGUCAAUGAAAACGUAGGACUAAUUAUUAAAUCAACAGUCAUAAAUGAUAAGGAAAAUAUAUUAACAAUUGAUGAGUUAAAAGCUGAAAAUGCUACUAAAGUAUCAAAUUUAAUCGAUUAUAAAGUACCAGAAAACUUUGAAAAAAUCACAUUAGAGUGUGUUCAACCAAUCAAAUAUGAUCAAAAACAAAUGCAUAAGGCUUCAACUGAACAUGUACUGUUAAAGGGUAUCAGUACAACAAUAGUAAAUACACAAGAAAGUGAAAUUAAAUUGGAACCUUUAGAAAAAGCUAGUAAAAAAAUAGCCUCCCAAGAAUUUGAAAUGGUAUCAACUGUAGACACAACGGAAGUAUUUUUAGUCGAAUCUGAAUCCGAUUUGAAUCUUACAUCGUUACCAAGAAGUCAAAUUGCCGUUAGUGAUUUAUCCGAAACCCAACAAGUAGCAUCACAUUUUGAGGUAUUGCCUCAAAAUGCAACACAUGAUUUAAGAGUUCAAACUUUGCCAUCUGUAAUCAAUUUAAUACCCAAACCUACAGAAACUCAUAGUUUAGAAGUAACGGAAACAGUUUGCCAUGAGACUGAAAAACCUAUGAAAUCCGAAAAAAAUACAACAUCAGUUUGUAACUACACAAUUCAAUCAGACCAAAAUAUUGAAGUUACUGAAAUUAUAACUAAUGAAUCAGAAAAAAUAUUUGAAGUCUGUGUAAAGAAUAAAAGUUCAGAAGCUAAUGUAGUUUUUGAUCAAAAUCAGACACUAACAAUCGAAGAAAUCCAAACUUCUGAUGAUAUUACUCCAUUAAUUGAGGAUUCGAUUAAACCAAUCAAUGCAUCUAAACAGUUGGAGCCUCUAUUGGGAGUGUUCGUAACUGAAAUUAAAGCAGAGGAGUCUGAAACUCCACAAGAGACACAGCUGAAACCUGCACCGAAAUAUGUUACUCAAAUACUACCAGAAAAACAAAGUUUAAAUGUGACGUCGACCAUUGUAGUUGAAAAAGAAAGUAAAUUAAAUAAAUUUAAACCAAAUGUUACAGAAAAUGCUCUAAUUUCUUCGGUAUACAGCCCAAAAUUCGUUGUCGAAUCCCAAGAAAAUUUUGUACAAAUGAGUACGUCUGAUUUAAAAACAAUUAAACCUAACGAAAUAUUUUUGGAAUCUUCUCAAAUUCCAUAUGAUUCAAUCAGCCAAAUAGAAAUAAAUCUUUUUGAAAAAGAAAGUACAUUAGAUACUUCAGUAAGAGGGGAAAAAAAAGUAGCUAACAUAAAUGUGGAUACCAUAAAUAUACUAGAUACAACGGAAAUCAUAACUGGUAAUAAAGAAUCUGUUUAUAUUCCUUCAGAAAAACCGAACACAAAACAUGCGUUAGUUAAUAUAACAGAUAGUCAACCAGUUAGUAACAUUUUUGAAGUAAAAACUGAAGAUAGCUCAAGUGAGUUACAAAUUCCGACAGUUGUUAGAUGCUCUGCAAUACCGGGUCAAGAAGUUGUACAUGGUGUCACGAUAACUGAUAAUGCAACUCAAGACAAGGAAGAAAUAUUUGAAGGAAAAUUUAAACCUGAGUUUUUAGUAGCAAAAGUAAAUAUAGAAAAUGAAAAAGAAAUUAAAACUAUAACUGAAAUUAUACUUCAAGAAAUGGAAGGACAAAUUAAGACAUUAGACUUGCCUUCCGCUAAAAAUGCCCAAAUAGAAAUUACUUCUGGACAAAAAAUAGCAGAAAAAACUGAAAUAAUAUCAAAUACAGCUUUAGGAUCAAUUGAAAAUAUUGUUACUGAAUCAUCAACCGCCGUUCCAAUACAAGAAACUUGUGAAAGUAUUCAGUCUACUAUAACUGUUCCUGAAGACAAAGAAAUGACAUUUGAUUCAAAUUUAAUACAAGAGAAGUCAAAUGUAAAUGUUAAUUUUGAAGAAUCAGAAAGCAUAAACAUAACUGAAAUAAUAGUCGAUGAUAAAGAAGGCAAGUAUGUUGUAUCCAACAUUCCAAAAUUGCAAACGGCUGGAAAAAAUAUUUUACCGAACGAAGCAACAGAAAUAACAUUAGUGUUAGCAGACACACAUUUAACAGAAUUUAAUAAAUUAUUACCAAAAGAAGAAUUAGCAACUGUUAAACAUGAAACUCAUACAAAUGUAGCACAGACUGAAACAACUGUACACGAUUGCGAAAAAUAUCUAAAACCAACAAAAAUAGUAUCGAAUAAAGCUGAACUUAAAAUGAUUCCAAACAAAAGUUUAAUAAUUACAGAAGUAAUCACCGAUGAUAAUGAUGAACAAUUUAUUGCAAAAGAGGAUCAAACCUCUCAGCAAGCCAUUACAUCAUUAACAACCUUACGUGAAGUACCACAGGUUUCAGAAAUUAUUUCAUCUAUUUCAACUGGUAAUGUAAUAAAUCCUACAGUAAGUACAGACAAUGUCUCGGUUUUGCAGUCAGAUGUAUAUGAUACAGCCAUUUCAACAGAAAUAAAUGCAUUUGAAAAAGAAGAACAUUUUACCCAAAAACCUAAAACUGAUUUAUAUACAGCUGAAGUUAAAUUUAAAGAAGAUAAACCAUUAAAUGUUUCUGAAACAGUUUCUAACGAAAUCGAACAGCCCUUAGAAAUAAAUAAACCAAUAAAAAAAUCGGCUGUAUUAACUCAGUCAACAUUCGAUGUUGUUACAAUUUCAGAAAAUUCUUCAAUUGAAAAAGAACAAAGUUUUAAUUCAAUUAAAAUACCAGAAGGCCAGAUGGUUAAUGUAGCUUUUGAAAGCAAUCUCAACGUAGAGGUAUCUGAAGUUAAUGUCAUAGACAAAGAAAAUGAAUUGUUAACACCUAUUCUAAAAUCUGAUACUGCUACAAUACUGGAUAUCAGUACACAACCAGUUGUAAAUAUAUCAGAAGUAAUAACAAGUAUGAAUGUUAAAGAUUUUCCACAAUGUAAACAACCAGAACAUGCCUUUGCAAAAGAAGCUCAUUUGUCAUGUCAGAGUCUACUACAAACAGAAGCAGAUAUCUUAGAAUCUGAAGGUGUUUUAGAAAAAAUAAAAACAAGCAAGGAAAAUGCUUCAAUAAUAACUGAUACAUUUGAAAAUAUAGUAAGUACAGAGCAAGUGGUAUCUGAAAAAGAAGGAAUACUUAAAGAAUUAGAAAAACCAAAUUUAAAACACGCACAAUGUUCACUAGAAGAAAUAAAAUCUAGUGUUAUUGUUUCAAACAUUAUCAGUGAAGAUAAAGAAAUCGAGUUAAUUGUUAAAUCACAAAAAAACACUUCGAACGCAAAAGUGAUAACAGAAAACUUGGAAGUGGUCACAACAACCGAGCAAAAUAUAUCAGAAAAAGAAAGUGACUUAACCAUGGAUAUUCCAAGAAAUGAAAAUGCUAUAGUAACAUUUGAAAAUACUCAAUUAGGAAUUUUCGUUUCCGAUGUAAUACCAGGAGAUAAAGAAGAUAACUUUUCUAUACAAAAUAAAACAUAUUCUGCAGCAACAGUAACAACAGAAAAUUAUGAAAGUUUGACAACAAAUGAACAAAUAUUGUCAGAAAAAGAAAACGAUAUGGAACCCAUACCUAAAAUAGACACCGUAACUGCAAAUGUCUCCUUUGAAAAGCUAAUGGAAGGAGCUAGUAUUUUAGAAAUUACAAGUAAUGAAAAAGAAAAUAUUUUUCAAAAGACACGAACAACAAAACCAUUAUUAGCAAACAUGAGCACAGAAGAUUUCAAACCAAUCAUGAUAUCAGAAAAUCAAAUGUUGUGUAAUGUCGACGAACUUAAUUUACCACAAAGAGAAAAAGAAACAGCAGCAAAGAUCGUACUAGAUAAACUCAAUCAUCUAACAAUUGAAGAGACAAUGUUUAAUGAAAAUGAAUUGUCAAUAGACACAAAAUGUCCUAAUAAACUCAAAAUAGAACCAAUAUUUUCAGAGUUGAUAUCACUAGAAUCAAUAAAUGAAGAUAUGGUAUUAGAAACAGCAAGUGAAUUAAAUAAAGACACUCCGGACACACAAAGAGCAUCAAUCAAAGACAUCACUAUAAGCACAGAUGAAACCUCGCCAGCCAUACAAGAAGCACAAUUAAUCACAGCAGAAACACAAACAAACACACACAAACCUAUAACAAAAAUAAAUAAAAUUGAACAAGAAAAAAUUGAGGAGAAUAUGCAAGGUGAAGACGAGGCCAUUUCCCUAAACAAAAAAACUACUAAAAAGACUAAGGGUGAAAAGAAAAAGGAUACGAAGAAGAAGGAAAUAAAAUUAGAGAGAGAUGAGGGUGGAAAGAAAAAGGUUGUCAAGAAGAAAACUAUUAAAACGGUGAAAGACGGAGUAGAAAAUGUAGAAGUCAUUGAGUCCAAACCUGAGAUAACCGAAAUAACUGAUGAGGAAACAAAACCAUUGCCUGAAAUCGAAUCGGUUAAGCCCGAAGAGGCUAGACCAAUUGAAGAGGAAGCCACAUCCGUUGAUAUAAAAACAACAACGGUGAUGGAGGAUGGAUUGAAAAAGGUUACGAAGAAAAAGACUAUUAAAUCGGUGAAAGAUGGGGUUGAAUAUAUAGAUGUAAUUGAGUUGAAACCUGAGGUAACCCAAUUAACUGAUGAUAAGACGAUGUUAUUAGAUGACAUUGAUUUAGUUAGUUUUGAUGAGGCUACUGUUAAUGUUUUUAAUACACCCACUAAUACAUUAUUUACAAGUUACAUUACACAUGAUAAUAAUCAUACACUGGAUCUCCCAACUACACAUAAUGUUGCUGAUUCAUUUCACAUACACGAUUUUAUGUCACCCGUUGAAGUCCUUGAUACUUCUCUACAUUACACAUCUGAGAACACUACCGAAGAUGAUACGAAUGACACAAGCCCAGCAGAUAAUUUGCAAAUGUUGAAUAAUUUAGCCGUUAAAACAUUAGACUUUAUUCCUGAUAUUAAAGAUAAUAAACCAAAUGAUUUAAUUGGAAAUAAUAACAUAGUUGAUUCCAAUCAUAAAGUUUCAAUAACUGAGGAUGAAAAACAGCCAUUACUUGAUUUGAAUAUAAAAGAUGCAUUUGCAACACUUAAGCCAUUAAAGAAAAAAUCAAUAACGGAUGAAGAAGAUAUUGUUAGUGUUACGUUCAUACCAAAACUAUUUAAGCCUAAGGAAACUAUAGAACAAGAGUUUAGUAUAAGUGCUCAAACAUACGAGGAAGAGGAAAUUUCUAUGACUGGAAAUGUAAAACUGCAUCGAAAAUCCACAAUAGAAGCUCCAGUAGAAGAAUUUUCAAUUACACAUAUUGACAUAAUACCACCAAAUGAACUGAUCAAAGACUCACAUGAAGAGAUAAUAGAUAUACCGAAAGAAAUGAAACCUGAAUAUAUUUCAUCACAUCAAAAACCGAAGGUACCUAUAUCGAAUGAAGAUGAAGUUAUUAUAAUAGAUACAGAAAAUGAAGAAAAUUCACCUGAACAGGCUAUUUUUAAACGUCUUAAUAGGGAAAAAGAGAAACAAGAAGAUGAAGAAAAACCCACUAAAGACGUUGAAGUGACAUUAAAACCAAGGAUAAAACCUUCAAUUAAGAAGGAAGAAUCAGCGGACGAAAUAACUAUUACUAAGAAAGAACUAAUAACCGUUGAAAUAAAAGUUAAACCAAAAAGAAAAUCAUCAAUUAAGAAAGAAGAAGCAGCUGAUGAAAUAACUAUUAAAAAAGAAGAAAUAAUAGUUAAAGAUGAGGAAAAACCAAUAGAAGACAUUGAAGUGACGUUAAAACCAAAGAGAAAACCUUCAAUUAAGAAGGAAGAAGCAGCUGACGAAAUAACUAUUGAAAAAGAAGAAAUAAUAGUUAAAGAUGAGGAAAAACCAAUAGAAGACGUUGAAGUGACAUUGAAACCAAAAAGAAAGACUUCGAUUAAAAAGGAUUUUGAGGAAUUUGAAGAUGUAUAUACUUUCAAACAAACGCCUAAAUCAAAAAUUGAAGAUUAUUCUGAAACUGUUGAAAUUAAAAUGAAACCCAAAUCCAAACCAUCAUAUAACGUAGAUGAAGGCACAGAAGAGUUAUUUAAAAUCGAAUUAACACCUAAAAAAGAUCAACAAGACAUAAUUAUCUAUGAAGAGGAAUCACUGGAUAUUAAAGUUAAACGAAAACCAUCAAUACAAUCAUUCAGCCAAGAUGGAGCUGAAUUGAAAAUCUUACAAGAAAAAGAAAUUUUCAUGAAGGAUAAUGCUAUAUUACAAGAAGGUAGUCAUGAUGGUGAAGUUAUGUUUGCAAUUCGUUCUUAUAUUGCCGAAAAUGAUGAUGCUUUAGACUUAGUAGAGGGGGAAAAAGUUUACGUUAUAGAGAGUAAUAAUCAAGAAUGGUGGUUUGUGAAGAAACAUUUAACAGAAGAAAAAGGAUGGGUUCCUUCUAUAUAUUUAAGAGAUGAAACUAGUUAUAUGCGAUAUGUGCAAAAGAAAUUACACGAAAAGAUCGAUAAACUGCCUAUAUUUCAAAGACAUACUUCAAACGAAAAGCCUUCAGCUCCGCGUUUUAUUGAAAAACUUCAACCAAAACAUGUGCCUGAUGGUGGUACAGUCCAGUUUGAAUGUCACGUAGAAGGAAAUCCUAAACCACAAAUAACAUGGUUUAGGCAAACAGCAAUUAUCAAACCUUCUCAAGAUUUUCAA